AUGGCUGAUCAAAACCUAAACCUACCCGUCACAGAAACCAUCAUCAAUCAUAACAAUACUGUCGUAACAGAAGUUAUUGAGAUUGAUGCUGGUUCAGACACCGGAGAAAAAUCCGAACCUAAAAAUACAGGUUCGGACUCUCGGGUGAAAAGGCCGAGAGGUAGGCCUAGGAAGUAUGAGAUUGAUGUGUCUGUGUCAGAGUCAGGGUCAGGGUCACGUGAGCUUGUUAAUCAACCUUUUGGAAGUGAAGUGAAACGUGGAAGAGGACGUCCUCGUGGUUCUGGAAAACUUCAGAUUUUGGCCUCUAUUGGGGGAUGUGUUGCUGAAAGUGCUGGAGGAAGUAUGACACCUCAUGUGCUGACUGUGAACCCUGGAGAGGAUGUGGUUGGAAAAAUAUUUACGUUUUUUCAUAAAGGUUCUAGAGGGGCUGUUUGCAUUCUUUCUGCUGCUGGUUCUGUAUCUACUGUCAUCCUUCGUCAACCUGGUGUUUCGGGUGGUUCUUUAAAAUACGAGGGUCACUUUCAGAUUUUAUCUUUAAGUGGAUCAUGCACCUUCACUAGUGGUGCUGCUGGUGGUGCAGAGAGGAAAAGUGGCAUGUUGAGUGUUUCAUUGGCUAAACCUGAUGGAGGGGUUUUUGGAGGUGGUGUUGAGAGCUCUUUGAUAGCUGCUUCUCCUAUUCAACUUAUUUUGGCAACGUUCAAGCAAAAUAUAAGCAACCAAAUCAAGAGAAAGUACUCAUCUCCAACUUCAACAGCUCCAAACAUGGUGACUAAUCAAGAUUCCUCAAGUGAUGACAUUUUGAAAGUUCCGAGGUUAACCCUAGAAGGAGAACUCAGUUGUCUAAGAGCAACAGCAACAAAGAAAACCAAUGGUGUAGCAGGAGCGGAUGAUAACGUGAAAGUUGAAACAACAACUAAUGCUCAAUCUGAUUCUGUUGGUGAUGGAGUUAUUGACCUUGACAGCCAGACAACACUGGAGCCUGUUAAUGCCAACAGUGUACCUUAA